AUGUCUUCACCUACUUUGCCCUCGAGCGUCUCGAGGAAAGGCUCCAUCCCAAAGCCAGAAUACGGCAGCGCAAUACAAGUCAUCAAAUACGAAGACAGAUUAACAUUCGAGAAGAUCCCACAACCAGAGAGAAAAGGUUCCGCGUUACGAUUAUGGAAAGAAAUCCGACGAGACAUAAUCAAGGAGGAACAUCUCGAUGACACUGUUCCCCACAUUAGCAUAUCUCCAAUCAACGGCGAUCUUCGCAAAUGUCUGGUUUGCAUUGAGGGACCCCAGAAUACUCCAUAUGAAGGGGGCAUCUUCUGGAUCACUUUGAAGUUCCCGGAAGAGUACCCUUAUGAGCCUCCAGUUGUGACGUUUCUCACCUCGAUUUAUCAUCCCAACAUCAACACGCUCACUGGAAAAAUUGAGUUGUGUGUGCUGUACAAUAAGAUUUAUGAUAUUUUUUGGGAUGAUGGCUAUGAUGGAGACAAGGAGGAAGAAGGGGAAGAGGGCAAGGGUGGGAAACUCAAGCAUAAUCCGAAAAUGGAGAAUCAAGGGAAAUAUCUUAAAUUUUCAAUUGGGGGAGAUUGGGCCAAGGCAUUCGAGAAAAUGACUUUGAAGGAGGCGUCCAGUGAUUGGGCACCCAUUGUAAAAGAGAGAACGGAUACAUGGUUACCCAGUAUGACCAUCGAGUCAUUAUUGGUGGAAAUCGUAUCAGUUCUUGGGGACCCGCGAUUGGAAAUCGCCGUUGAAUCAGAGAUUGCAAAGUUGUAUGAGGUGGCCUAUGAGGAAUAUUUCUGUGAGGCUAUUUCUCACACCAAACGACACGCAACUGGGACCAGACCUAUCACACCUAAACGGUCCAAUCAAAAGGCUGUACUCACUGAUUCAAAUGCUGCGGCUCAAACUUCUCAAACUUCCACAGAUUCUCCCGGAGCUCCUCGGACGAAAGCAAUACUGCAUCUGUACAGGAACAGUAAGCAGAGCGUCUAG